AGAGAAGGAGGGCGUGGACUUCGCGGGGCUCCUUGGCAUAUAAGGUGACCCAUCCCUGCUGUCCUAGCCAAGAUCGCUGCCCUGGCCCUGAAGGAAGUCUGACAAGCCUUUGGGGAAACUCAAGCGGCCAUCCCUGACGACCUCCCAUGGGCGGAAGACAUGGAGGGAACCACCAGGCCUUGCUCAACAAGGGCGAGGAGGCCGAAAUGGAGAUGUUUGGCUACAAAACUCAGGGCUUCCGGAAGGCCCUGUGCAUCGCCGGGUACAUCCUGUCUUGCGGUGCCCUCCUGCUGGUGUUCUAUUGGAAGCCGGAGUGGGACGUGUGGGCAAACUGCGUGCCGUGUGACCUGGAAGAGGCGGACGUCGUCUUGCUCAGAACCACAGACGAAUUUCACACUUACACCCAGAAGCAGGUGGCCUGGAUCUCUCUCUCCACCCUGAACCACUUCCGUCCCAGUGCUUCUGCCAUUGCUGACGACGGUUCCCUCCUGAGUAAAGUCAUCAUGAAGCCAGAGUUAAAAGUGAGAUACAUCCAAGUGCAGAAAAUCCGGCACGCCUGGGAUGUUUCUGCCAAACGGUUCCAGAAGGUCGGGGUUCUCGAGGACAACCACACCUGCGCGGAGAUCCAUGCACAGUUCGGAUCGGGGCUGACGAGCGAAGAGCAAGUCCUCAGGAGGGUGAUCUGCGGGGCCAACACCAUCGACGUUGAGAUCACGCCCGUUUGGAAGCUGCUGGUCAAAGAGGUCCUCAACCCAUUUUACGUCUUCCAGCUCUUCAGUGUCUGCCUGUGGUUCGCUGAGGACUACGUUGAGUACUCUGUGGCCAUUAUCAUCAUGUCCCUCCUUUCCAUUUUUCUCACGGUGUACGACCUCAGAAAGCAAUCCGUGAAGCUGCACCAGCUGGUGGAAUCACAUAAUAGUGUGCUGGUAAAGGUAUGCAGGAAACCAACAGGUGUCCAAGAGCUGGAGUCACGUCAUCUGGUACCCGGAGACACACUGGCUCUCGAAGGCGGCAAAAGCAUGUUGCCCUGUGAUGCCGUCCUAAUCUCCGGCCAGUGCAUUGUGAACGAAGGCAUGCUGACAGGGGAGAGCAUUCCAGUCACAAAGACCAGCUUGCCCUCGGUCGACCUGGGCGCUCAGCCCUGGCGAAGGAGCUGCGCUGAGGACUGUCGGAGGCACCUCCUCUUCUGCGGGACCGAGAUCAUCCAGAGCAAGGGAGACGGAAAGGCUCCCGCCAAGGCGGUGGUUCUGCGGACCGGUUUCAACACCGCCAAGGGAGACCUGGUGAGAUCCAUUCUCUACCCGAAGCCCCUGAAUUUCCGGCUCUACCGAGAUGCCAUUCGGUUCCUCAUGUGCCUCAUAGGAAUUGCUGCUGUCGGAGUGGUCUACACCGUCUGUGUCUUUGUACUCAAAGGGGAAGAGGCUGGGGAGGUCGUGAAGAAGGCCCUGGACGUGGUCACGAUCGCGGUGCCUCCCGCUCUGCCUGCUGCGCUGACCACGGGGAUCAUCUACACCCAGAGGCGGUUGAAGAAAAAGGGGAUUUUUUGCAUCAGCCCCCAAAGGAUCAACCUGUGUGGCCAGUUAAACCUCAUCUGCUUUGACAAGACUGGCACCCUAACGGAAGAUGGACUGGACCUCUGGGGAAUCGUCCUGGCCAAGGGAAAGAGCUUCCAGGGCGCCCACCGCUUCUCCUCCGCCCACCCGAUGCCCUGGGGCCUGGCCUGUGGCGCCAUGGCCAGCUGCCACUCCUUGGUGCUCCUGGACGGGAAGAUUCAGGGCGAUCCGCUGGACCUGAAGAUGUUUGAAGCGACUCACUGGGAAAUAGAGGAAUCCGAAGGUGAGGAAGGUAAAGAUGGAGAACUGGCACAUGCUGUGACGGUCAGACCAGGCACCAAAGCUGAACAGGUUGCCAGGGGGGGAAUGGCCAUCUUACGCCAGUUCCCGUUCUCAUCAGCCCUGCAGAGGAUGUCUGUCGUUGCGCAGGAGUUCGGCGGGGACCGGCACGUCUUCAUGAAGGGCGCUCCGGAGAGGGUGGCCCACUUCUGCAGGCCAGAAACAGUGCCCCCCAGCUUCACCAGUGAACUGCAGCACUACACUUCUGGCGGCUUCAGAGUCAUUGGUCUGGCGCACAAACCUCUGCAGGCCGCAACGGCAACGGCUUCCCUGACCAGGGAGGAGGUGGAGUCCAGCCUGGCCUUCUUGGGCCUCCUGAUCAUGGAGAACCGACUGAAAAGCGAAACGAGGCCUGUCCUGGAGGAGCUCAGCGCCGCCUGCAUCCGGAGCGUGAUGGUCACAGGUGACAACAUUCAGACGGCCAUCACGGUCGCCAGAGACGCCGGCAUGAUUCCGCAGGCGAGCAAAGUGAUCCUUGUCGAGGCGAACGCCCAGGCCGGGCAACCCUCCGCUUCUGUCUCCUGGAAACUCCUGGAGGGCAGCACUGCGAACGGCUGCAGCGGAGCGGAGGACAGCUACGCUCCUACUGGCGCUGGGCCUCGGUCUGAGCCUGGAUGUGGCAGCAGCUACCAUUUCUGCCUGAGCGGGAGCUCUUACGAGGUCAUCAGCCAGCACUUCGCGCACUUACUCCCAAAGCUUCUCCUGAACGGGACGGUGUUCGCCAGAAUGUCUCCUGCUCAGAAAGCCAGCCUGGUGCAAGAGUUCCAGAAGCUGGACUACUUUGUAGGGAUGUGCGGAGAUGGUGCCAAUGACUGUGGGGCUUUGAAGGUGGCCCACGCGGGGAUCUCCCUCUCCGAGCAGGAGGCCUCCGUGGCUUCGCCCUUCACCUCCAGGACCCCCAACAUAGAAUGCGUCCCAGAGCUGAUCAGGCAAGGCCGCGCCGCCCUCGUCACCUCGUUCUGCAUGUUCAAAUACAUGGCCCUCUACAGCAUCAUCCAGUACACCGGGGUCCUGCUGCUCUACUGGCAACUAAACACCUUUGGAAACUACCAGUUUUUGUUCCAGGAUCUGGCUAUCAACACUGUCAUUGGAAUGACAAUGAGCCUGAACGGCGCUUACCCGAAGCUGGUCCCGGCCAGGCCCCCGGCCCGGCUCACCUCGCCGCCCUUGCUGUUCUCCGUGGUGCUGAACCUCCUCUUCAGCCUGGCCGUGCAGGUCUGUGGCUUCGUGCUGGUGCAGCAGCAGCCGUGGUACUCCCCGGACGGUGUCGGCAGCGCUUGCAGCCCAGGGAAUGGGACGAGCCCCGAGGAAUUUCCUGUCUUGGCCAACGUCACCCAGGGAGGCAGCCUGACGAAUAGACCCGCUGCCAGAGGGGAAGCCGACGACCAAGGCUACCGGAGCUACGAGAACACCACCUUGUGGCUCCUCUGCACCAUCCACUGCCUCAUGGUGGCCCUGGUCUUCUCCAAGGGGAAGCCAUUCAGGCAGCCUGUGUACAAAAAUUACAUCUUUGUCCUUGUUCUGGCGGUGCAGCUGGGGGUCUGCCUCUUCUUCCUCUUCGCCCACAUUGAUGGCCUCUACACCCGGAUGGAUCUGGUGUGCACCCCGACUCUGUGGAGGAUCUCCCUGGUUGGCAUGCUCUUGGUGGCCUUUGCUGUCUCCUUUGUGGUUGAGGAAGCCGUCAUUGAGAACCGAGCCCUGUGGAUGCUGCUGAAGAAAGGCUUUGGCUACCAAUCCGCGAGCCGGUACAAGAAGCUGCGGCGUGCGCUGGAGAGGGACGCCGCUUGGCCGCCCCUGAACAAAACGGACUUCUCAGGGUCCGUGGCGAUCCGCGUGGGUGGCUCGGGGGCCACGUACUGCAACCCAGCCUUUGUGAGCCAUGAGGAGCCAGUGAGGUCAAUCAGCUAGCAACGCUCCAGUGGGGAGCGGCUGGCAGAAUGGGGUUCUUGGAGGUGCCACCUUGGCAG